AUGAGUAGUAUGAACAAAAGUGAGAAAAAUCAUAAUGUCUUUAAUGCAAAAAGAAGAUACAAUGAGGAGAAUAAUUUUGAUAACAAUAGCAUAAACAAUGACGAAGGGAUUCAAGAAAAGUUUGAUUGUGAAAAACAAAACUUGCAAACAGAAUUAGUUUUAAAUACAAUACCUAAAUUAUCAAAAACAUAUGAAACAAUACCAAGAAUUAGUAGAAAAAUAUUAACUACAAAAACACCUAUGAUUAAAAAAUAUUGGGAAAAAAAUAUUGAAAAAGAAAAUCAAGAAAAGCUAAAACAAUUUGAAAAUAUGAAGGAAAAAAAAAAGUCAUAUGAAUUUCCACGUUGGAGAUCAAUAGAUGCAAUGUCAGCAUCUUUAGUAGCAAGUUCAAAUCAAAAAGCAUUGAUUCCAAAUGAUAGUAUUAUUCCUGAAUUUAGAAAAGAAUUAAUAGAUAAUUCUGAAAAAAAUGCAGAAAUUGAACGAAACAAAAUAAAAAUGAUUAAUGAAAAAAUAAAACAUAUUAAAAAAGGAAAAUCUAUGGAAACAUUAUCAGUACCAUCAUUAUCUACUCCUUGGUAUGAUAGAGAACAAAUAAAAGAAUCUAUUAGUAAAGAAUCUAUUUCUGAUGUUUCUGGAACUAGAGAAAAAUGGAAAUCAGGUGCUGUUUAUAAUCAAAAACCUACUAUUCGAAGUAACUAUAAUUUGACAUCAAAUUAUAUCUCAUCAGAUAAAAAUCAAAAUAUGUCAAAAUUAGGUAUACAAAAUGUUAGUAAUAACAAAAUAUUAUCAAAAGAAACAUUUGAACAUGAAACAAAAAUGUUAUUACCUCAGUCAAUAUUAAUACGUGACAAAAUUGAACAUAUUUCACCACCAAUAGUUAAUAAUAUAUUAGAAAAUGAUAAAAAUAAUAUAGAUAUUAGUCGCAAUGAUUUAUAUAAACAACAAAAUGAGUCAUGUACAAAUCUUUCAAUGUCUAAUAUUACAUUAGAACAUUAUUAUUUUUUAAAAUUUCUUUAUGAAAAAAAAAAUCUUUGUGAUGAGUUUAAUAUUAUACUACCAAAUAAUGUAAUAUGUAUGAUGAAUGAAAUUGUUAAUUGUGAUAAAUAUUGUUUAGUUGUAAAAAAUGACACAAAAUUAAAAAAUAAUAUAAAAGAAUAUCUUACACCAACAUUAUCAGAAACAUCUUCAUUUGUAGAAUCAUCACCUAAACAAGGUCGUUUUGUCAAAAAUCAAAAUUUUCAUAAUGGAAAUAGCAAUGUUUUAAGAUAUAGAAAAAGUAAUGACUCUACCCAUAUUCAAAACAACCCAGGUAUAGAAUUAAAUUCAAAUAUGUAUAAUGAACAAGAUUACAUAUUAUCUACUGUUAAUCAAGAUAAACAAUACAUAAAUAAAAAUAACUUUUAUGGAAAUAAUUAUUAUAAUAUGUAA